UAUUUGACUCUUUUCAGUGCACGGUGCAGGUGAAGCUGGAGUUGGGCCACAGAGCCCAGCUGAGGAAGAAGGUGACAUCAGAAGGCUUCACCCACGACUGGAUGGUGUUUGUCCGAGGGCCAGAAACCGGCGACAUCCAGCACUUUGUAGAGAAGGUCGUGUUCCGCCUCCACGAUAGCUUCCCCAAACCCAAGAGAGUAUGCAAGGAGCCGCCGUACAAAGUGGAGGAGUCGGGCUACGCAGGCUUCCUCAUGCCUAUUGAGGUUUACUUCAAGAACAAGGAGGAGCCAAAAAAGGUGUGUUUCAACUACGACCUAUUUCUCAACUUGGAAGGCAACCCACCCGUCAACCACCUGCGCUGUGAGAAGCUCACCUUCAACAACCCCACCAAAGAAUUCAGGAGAAAGCUGAUCAAAGCUGGAGGGGUAAUGGUGGUUCCAGAGGGGGCUGAAGCCGUGUCCCGGCCCAGUCCUGACUACCCCAUGCUGCCCACCAUCCCUCUCUCCGCCUUCUCAGACCCCAAGAAGACCAAGACCUCUCAUGUGUCAAAGGAGCCCAGCAAAGAGGGGAGUGGCAGCAGCAAAGGACCCAAACCGCACAAACUGACCAAGGAGCACCGUGAACGGCCCCGAAAAGACUCUGAGAGCAAAGCCACGCCGAAAGGGGAGAGCGAUCGAGAUGGGAGCAGCAAGAGUGGCCGAGACCCUUCCUCUUCCUCGUCUUCUAAAAAGCCGUCAGAUAUCAAAGUAAAAGAAGAAGUUAAGGUCCUACCCAAGGCCGCCUUCAAAGAGCCUAAACUCACCCUGAAGGAUUCAAAGAUGGAGGGCAUGUCCCCUAAAGGAGGGGGGGCGGGGGGUGGAGGAGGCGUUGGAGGAGGCGGGGGAGGGUCCUCAGAGUCUAAAGCCCCGGGGAAACGACCCUCUACUGUGGAGUCUCCCAAACCCAGUGCGAAGAAGAAGAAGGGCAGCUCAGAGGGGCCGAAGGGGCCGACCAGCGGGGCCUUCACAGGAACCUCUCCCCGAGUCUCCUCCUCGUCGGCAGCCAGUCAGCCGUACGCAGAGAAGAAACCCCCAAAGGAAAAAGGUCGCUGGCCCAAAGGCAAAAAUGACACGCAGGAACCGAAGGAGCCCAAGAAAGUUCCAGAAUCUGAAGAGUCUAAUUCAGAAGACGAAGCGUCGUCGAAAUCAGAGCAGUCGGCCCCUUCCAGUCCUUCCAACUCCAGUUCGAGUUCCGACUCCAGCUCAGAUUCUGACUUUGAGCCGGGACAGAAACAAGGGCAAGGCCCCCUGCGAUCGAUGGUAGAGGAGAUCCAGUCAGAGGAGUCAGAUGAUGACGACAGCAGCUCAGAGGAGGAGACGCCCAUCAAGACCAACCCCCCCAACCGUGACUCACGACUCAGCCUGGACAGUGAGAGUGACAGCAGUGACGGCUCGCACAGCCCCAGUCGAGACCGCCCGCCCCCCCCCAGAAACACAGCUCCUCCAACAACAAAGUUUUCAGGCAGAAAGAGUCCAGAUUCCUCGUUUCGUUCAGAGAAGGUGUUGAAGAAGGGAUACGACAAGGCGUACACGGAAGAGCUGGUGGACCUCCACCGCAGACUGAUGGCUUUAAGGGAGCGGAACGUCCUGCAGCAGAUUGUGAACCUGAUCGAGGAGACGGGCCACUUCAACGUGACCAACACCACCUUUGACUUUGACCUCUUUUCACUGGACGAGUCCACCGUCCGCAAACUACAGAGCUACCUGGAGGCGACGGCCACGUGACAGGAAGUGGGAACUGGUGUGGAUGGAGGCGGCGGAGGUAGACGCGCCACCAUCUCCUCUUUUUAAGGAGAGGAGGAGCAACCACAUCACGUCGCAGCUGUUUCACAGGCCUGACUGAACCACCGAACAACUACCACACAGAAACACGCGAACAAACACAAGCACACAUGAAGACACACCGCCUUCACGUGACGCUGGGGGGGGGGGAACUGAAGGAGGAGGAGCGGAGCGGCUGAACUCCGUCUACAGUCAGGAUAUCAACUACUCUAUAUUACUGAGCCUGUGCAAAGCUGUGGUAUGCACCCCACACCCCCUCCUGCACCCUCCUGCACCCUCCUGCAAACCCAAUACUUCCCCUCCUCCUCCUCCUCUUCCUCCCCCUUCACACGCACACUCCUUACUCGGCAGAACACUUCAGUCCCCUUCCCCCUGCCGUCAGCUGGAGCUCAUUUCUCUCUCCACAUACUCUUUAAGUCGUGUGUGUGUUGACUGUGCAGUGUGCGUGUGUGUGUGUGCGUGCGUGCAUUCGAUCGCUGCUGAGGGUUAGGAGGAGAUGUUGUCUUUGUGGUACCGACUUCUCUCUUUUUGGGAAGCUUGAGCACAAACAACAGUCAGUUUGCCGCUUUCACACCAGGCCAAACAAACACACAUUCAGGUCAUCUUUUACUUUAACCCUCCCCACCCGAUAAGAUUUUUUAAGAAGUAUAUAAAUCAUGAAUAAAUACUAUAUUGUAGUUGUAAGCAGAUAUAGGUAAGUAAACUAUAACUUUUUGUUUUUGUUUUUAACUGAUAAUGAAUGAGCACUAUAGAAAAAUACAAACAAUUGACAGCUACUGUUUCUUAAUGAACACUUUAAAUGCCGCUUAUAACCACAUUGCAUGGUGUUAUAAACCUUUUAAAUCUUUGCAGUUAUUAUAAAUCGUAAAGGGGGGGUUAAACUAAAUUGGUACCCAGAAUUUGUCUCUGUGUUCCUAUCACUGUACACAUAACACUGAGACGUGUGCUGUGUGUGAGUCUUUCCUGCAUGAGGUUUCUGUUGUCUGAACACAUGUUCUGUUGAGUUUCUCCUCUACUUCCUCACACUGAAAGCUGAGCCUUGACCUCCUACCAAUGCCCCCCCCCUCCCUCUGAAGCCCCCUCACCUCAUCCCUCCUCCCUGUUUCUCAUAUUGGCGUGCAUGAAAGGGCUCGACUGCUCGCGGCCAGAGCAGUGGAGGAUCACUCCUGAAUUGCCUUCUAAGUGGUGGGUAGGGGAGGGUGGGAAGGGGGUUUAAAAAGCCGUGAAAAAGUAGCCAUACUUGUCUCCCAGAAUCCAAAAAUAAGAAAAAAAUUAAUAGGGGCCACGCCUUUUUACAUUUUAUUUUUCUACAAGUGCGUUUUGUGUAUUUAUUCCCAGACUGCGGUUAAGAUAACCUGUGAGCUAUGAAUGUAUAUCGCUUUUACUUUUCUACGGCUAGCAACAGCCCCACUCUAGUGCCUUUUUCUGCGACUUGCAGUGUGAGGGGGGGUGUGCACUCUGUUAGCCAUGGUCACACAGAUUGAAACCCCCCCGCCCCAAAUACCCCCCUCGGGGAAACAAGUGUUAAAAGGGAUGCCUGAAAAUCCAGUAUUGUCUUAACGGCUUCCAUCCCUGCUUCUCCUUCUCCUUCUCCAGUGUCUUUAUAGCACUGACUGCUAUAUCUCCCUGAUGGUGGUCUUCAUGUUUUCAUCUUCCUGCUUUGUGAGAUUAGGUUCAGUGUUUUGAAGAGGUCUGCGUGGUAGUUGAUCACAUUCAUUAGCUCUAGUAACGGUUGCUUCAGCUUUGUCGUGUGUUUUGUGAGACGGUUGUCGUUGAAUAGGGUCGGGGUUCCUUCUUCAAGCUGUUGGAAGAAUUAGAACUACGGGUGAAGUGUUUGAUACUAAGUUACCAGGAACUUGAAGAGCAUUCACAAAGGGUGUGUAGGCAAAAACAUAAGCUAAAGAAAACCCUCCUUGUGUUUUCUUUCCCUAAAUAUCUGAAAUGGAUAUCUCAGAGGCCUGAAACAUGAAGUAAGUUCAGAGUUCUGGCUGAUAACUUUAACCAAGCUGACAGUUUCACAAAGCUGGCUCACUGUAAACGAUUAGUAAUACCGAGCACAAAGCAACAUGUUUACUCAUCAGUAAACUCACUUAGCUUUAUAUGCUAACUAAAGAAGACAUUUAAGGUAUUGACUCUAGCACAAACACAAAUUAGUUGAAAUGGACCCUGAUCAUGAGUCGAGAGAAAAACUCCCUAAUGGUAUCUUCAUUUUAACAAUUUGUAUUUAAUGGAAAAUUAGCUUCUAGAAGACUGAACUUAUGUUGAGUCUUUUAUGACACAUUAUCACACCUAUGUAGCAGACACUUUCCAAAUGAAGUAAAACUGGUGAGAUCCUCUUUUACACCUUUAGUUUAGUUGCUGUGGAUACAACUGAAUUUGCACUGACAGGAUCCAAGUUUCAGGUAUCCAUAUGUUUAACCUCUUCAAAUAUACAGCUGACAGCCAGCCAACUGCUUGCUGUGGCCGUAGAAUCAUGAGCAAUCAUUUGAGAUAAAUGUCCUUCUCGUGUACACAUAGUACUCUUCAGCUUUUUGCAUCAGACAGUGUUACUUAUACAUUUGUUUUUCAUCGACAAACACUGAAGCACAAAUGACCAUUAUCAAUUGCUUAUCACUCUUGAACAUGUUAAUAAUGGAGUUGAUAAAGAAAAGAGAAUAAAGCCAAUAAAAUAAUGCCCACUUUUAGCCAUGGUCUAUUACAUUUAGUAGUUGAUUAUUGCAUUAUUUGAGCAUUAUUCUUUAAUGUUAUAUAUGUAAAUAUUGUUACAAUUACUGUACAUUUUUGUAUCUUUUUUUAACUCACUGAAUAUAACUUUUUGCUACUGCACUGACAACAUUUCCAAAAAAGAGAUCUCCACAGUUUGUGCUAAAAUGCUGACUUGUUGUUACACAUAAUGUGGGUGAACAGAGCCAGCUUUUUGAGACCGGUUUCCAGGAUCCCCAGUGUUUUUAUGAAGCCAGAAAACACCCAAAGAAAGCCAAUGAGGUGAACUUGCUUCUUGAUUCAGGCCCCUGGUGUGUUAGUUCCUGUGGCCCCUUUAGGCUUCCUACACACACAUACACACACACUGUGGUACAAACCUUCACUGAGGGAUUCCCUCCCUCCCCUCCUCUGUUUUCUCCUUGCCGACAGUGUUUUUAUUCUGACGCUUCGAUAGCUUUAAUACUUCUCUCUCUUGUUCUGUUGCCUGCCUGGCUCAUCAUGCACACACUCCCUCACUGUAAACGCCGUCUGAACACAGAAAAUGUCUCAACAAUGGAAAAAUAACCUGGAUUCCUGCCGCCUUAUGUGCCCUGCAGUAACCCCCCUGCCCUCACUUCUUCCCCGGCCCCACUCUCCUUUUCUCUAGGUGUGCCUCUGACAACUGAACUUCCGUGAGGCCAUAAUUACUGAGAAUGAACUUUGCAACUUGUGUGAGUGCGUUUGCAUCUGUGAGUGUGUUUGUCAGCGACGGGACCUUCCUGUCCUCUCCUCUGUGCAUCGAUGUGGGAACUUUAAAGUCCUCGUUCAUGAACUCUGACCUUUGACCGGGCACUCUUUCAGUCCUCUGCGGUGUUUGAGAAGGGGAGGUAACGUGGGGACUCGAGAGAAGCCCCACUGUCUGCCCACAGUCAAUGUUUUAUUUAUGGACCUCUGCACUUUUGGCUGUGAUGACUUCAGUACUUACGUAGUUACCUGAACUGUAUUUUUAAGGAUUUUAUACAAUAUUUACAUGCAAUACGAUAUUAAUUGAUUCUUUUUUUCAUUUGCCAACCUUUUUUCGUUUGUUUCUUAUUUAAUUGUCUUUAAUUUGGCAUGAUUUGUCACUAUUAUUCACAACCAAACAUGCCUGUUGGAUCUAUUUUAGGCGUCAAACGUUAUGGGGGAAGUCUCCGGUAUGUUUUUGUGUGUCACAAUUCUGAUGACAGCUGAACACCAAGAAACAGGUGUAGGAAAACUUUUGCUGGAUGAGCUCAACUUUAUCACCUCUUCUUCCAGUAGGAAAAACUGAACCAGAACAUGGACAAGAGGAGUAAAAACACUUUGGUUCAGGGAACUGAAAAUGUAUUUUUUCUGCCUCAUGUCCUGUCAACUCAUUCAUUGUUUUUACCAGAAACGGUCACCUAAUGUAGUUAUGUUAUGAUAACUUAAAGCCUGAAGAAACACAUCAUAGGAAACAAUAGAGUUGUGAAGUGGGGGGGAGCUCUGUUUUGCUCUGCCUUUCAUUUUUACCGCACAGUGUUGCUUUGUUUUAGCAUUAAACUCUUCCGAUUCAGUAAUUUAGUCUAUAUCUGGUUGAUUAACUACAACUCCCAAGGAGCAUUUGAGGCAAGAAUCAUGUAAUCACCAAGUUUAAAAUCUGUCACAUUCCUUGAUUUUACAUUCUGCUGUUUAACUCUGUUCACUAUACAUUGUGUGGUCACUAAUACAUACAUUUGGCAAAUAUGGCGUGUGCUUCUGAUUGGCUCCUUCUCCAUGGCAAAGAGCGCGGAGGCUCAUGGGUGGAGUAGUUUUUAGGAACUUUCCGCCAAGCCAUAGAGACUCCUUUUGUCUCAGAAACUUCUAGAAAUUGUAACAUUUAUGAUCAGUACAUUAUCCGGGAGAGUUCUAUGUUGGGCAACACUGAGGGUAUAAAUAAAGAAAAAGGGGAAACCCUUCAGGUCCCUCUCACUCAGCAACUCUGUGCAAGUCUGUGGGAGUGCGGCAUCAUUUCAGCUGAGACAAUAUUAUAUAUAAUACAUGUAUAAUACAGCGAAGGUAGAAUAUCUACUGUGUGGAUCUUUAAAGGUGGAGGACUUUUUGUUUUGUUUUUGCAAAUAUGUUGAGGGGGGGUGGGAGGAGGCAUGUGCAGACGGGAUGUUUCCUGUGUCAGUGGUCGUCAUGAUGUGUCUGUGACAGGGGCACAGGGUUGCCUGUAUUUAUAAAGGUUUGAUUUUUUUAACUGGGGGUAAAGGGGGGAGGGUGGAGUCCGAAUUGUGUUCCAUAUAUGUGGUCCAAGCAGAACAAAUGAACUGGAUGUGCAGAACAAUUUGGUAUUUUUUGAAAAUAAAGACUUGGCAUUACAAUGCCACCAUGUGGCCAUAUGAUGCAAGUUGUUAACAAGGAAAAACAUGUUAUUUUAAUGUUAUUUUUUAUUUCGAAAUCAUAUUAUUAAUAAAGUCAUUAAGUACUGUU